AUGGCGUUUCUGUGUCCAAGUCGCCUGGGGAAGGAGAAAAGAAAAAAGAAAGAUCGCUCCACUCUCCUGCUCGGCCGGAUCACUGGAAGUGCCAGCAUAGACACACUGGUUCGAGUGGGUCUCGAGAAACAGCACGGACUAAGUCCAGAGUCGAGGAUGGUUGUCCUGCAGGACUUCCGGGCAUGCGCAGAACGCGAGAUCGACGUCGACCAGGGCCUGGAGGUCUACGUUCUGUACGAGGACAACGAAUGGUCCUACGUCAUCACGGAGGAUGCGAGGGAAGGUUACGUCCCCAAUUCGUACCUCUCGCCGUGGAAGAACUUUCACAAGAGACCCCUUACUCCUCCCUCACAGUACGACCCGGCCUCAGAUUUAAGUGACCCUGACCUUGACUCGAGUCAUCAACCAGAGACAGUGCAGCGCUUCACGCCAAAGUCUUCAGAUCAGACAUUUGACGUGAGGCAGUUUAAGAAACACCCAUAUGGCCGCUAUGUUGUCGUGUUCGAUUUUGAAGCAGCAGACGAAAACGACGUCACGGUAGAGAGCAGGGAAGUUGUUACUGUACUCAAUAUGGAAGACCCGGACUGGUACUGGGUGACUAGAGGAAAUGGCGAAGAAGGAUUCGUUCCAAGGUCAUUCAUGUGCCCAUUUCCCAGUGAUUUGAAUUUAAACACAAUAGGAGUGGAUGCAAUAGGAGCACCAGCACCCGAAUACACCGAGUCUGAAGCUUCCAGGAGACGGAGAGACGUGAACACGAACACUCUGGUUGAAUUUACCGUUACACAAGACUACAAGGCCCAAUCAAAAGCUGACCUGAAUGUUGUCGUCGGCGACGAGGUGUUCGCCGAUCUGACCAAUCAAGAAGGGGAUGAAUGGCUUUGGGUUUACUCAUCCAAGUCAAACAAGUGUGGAUAUAUUCCUCGAGUGAAUGCUCGCCCCGCUAAAGGCAGAUUGCCGGUACAUCACAGAGCUUUAACAAAUCCUAACGUUGCCGUUGUCUGAAUGCACAAGAACCAAGAAAAUGUUUUUAAAAUGUUUAAAUAGG